AUGGUGGAUCCAGUACCAGUUCUCCCUCAAUUGAGAGCGGAAUAUACGUUGAGCUUCGAAUCCCUGACAGCGACAUUCGACUAUUCGAGCAACGGACUGUGGAUAGUGUCCACAAUAGAAAAGAUACCACAAGUGGAGAUACUAGCAGCAAUGAAAGGGGAGGAGGAGAUAUGGGAAACCACCAUUACGGUGAACCCAAGAAUGACGGGAGUGCUCAAUGUGGAGGCUUGGGAGUUCAUGGACCAAUUGAGGAACGAAAACCAAAUGGAAUAUGUGGAGGAUUCGAAAUCAAAACCGCGAGAGACCACGCGGAAAAAAAUUGCAGCCUCUCUUCCGUUCGGUCGAUAUGAGCUUGCUGAGCCCAAUGGUUUUACUGGUGGGAUUCUUGUACUAUGGAACUCAACACAUGUUGACUUUCAGUCAAUAAGUGUUGACCUCCAUGCUACUCAUGGCAUUGUCCAGCGAGAAAAUGAAAAUUGGAGUGACUUAGAAAAUAUUGCUGUUAACAUGAACUUACCUUGGGUGGCAAUUGGGGACUUCAAUGAUGUUACUAGUCAGUCUGAAAAAUUGGGGGGAAGGGCGAUCAAGGGAAAAAGAGUAGAUAGAUAUCUUGCCUGUAUGAACAACUGUGGUCUACAUGAUAUUGGUUUUGUUGGUAACAGGUUCACUUGGACUAAUAAAUGCAAAAAGAAACCUAUAUUCCAGAGAUUAGACAGGGCUUGGGAUCUUGGUCUCUUCGUCGGUCUGCGCCUUGGUAUCUCAUCUUCGUUAUGCUUGUUCUCCGGUAAAUUAUUACGAAGUGCAAGCAUCUCUAUUAGCGGCGCUAGAGUUGCAGGGGAAAGUGAGGUUAGAGAAGAGAAACAGUGUGAGGACAGGCCUAAGUGUAAGCACCUGCAGGACCUUGAGGAAGAUUUGACCAAUCAACUUCAGUCCCUCUACCAACAGGAGGAAUCUUAUUGGAAAAUGAGAGCCAGGUCCAACUGGUUGACUGAUGGGGAUAGGAACACAAAAUUCUUUCAAACUUCGGUCCUAAUUAGGAGAAAGAGAAACAAAAUUUCAAACCUGUUUUCAGAGGUGGGGGAACCAAUCAGGGAAGACCUCAUCCAGUCCCACAUUGUCUCGUACUUUAAAAAUCUCUUUUCCUCUGAAAUGAAUGGGAAUGACCAGAACACCAACCUGGAGUAUGAGUCUGUGAUUUGCAUUGCCCACCCCCCAACUCUGGCUAAGGUACAUUCUGCCCUGUUCUCCAUAGGGCCCUUAAAAGCCCCGGGAGUUGAUGGUUUCCAUGCAUUGUUUUUUCAAAAUCACCGGGGAACUAUGUGGCCGGACAUCCUUUCCUUUGUGUCUGAGUGCUUUGAAUCUAAGUCCUUCCCUGUGUCUAUCAAUGAUACCUCUAUCUGCCUAAUCCCGAAGACAGAUAAUCCGGAGUCAAUAAAACAGUAUAGGCCAAUAAGCUUGUGCAAUACCAGUUACAAAAUCGUGUCAAAGCUCAUUGUCCAUAGACUUAGACCUCUAUUGAACUCAAUCAUAUCCCCAAACCAGAAUAGUUUCCUUUCGGAGAAAGCUUAUGACAGGAUUGAGUGGAGUUUCAUUAGGUUUUGCUUGCAUAGACAUGGGUUUGACAGAAACUCAACAGACCUUAUUAUGAGUUGUGUCACGUCUACAACCUCCAAGAUUAGGAUAAAUGGUGCCCUAUCGGAUAGUUUUCAUGCUUCUAGAGGUCUUAGAAAGGGUGACCCCAUAUCCCCCUAUUUGUUCAUCAUAUGCAUGGAAUAUCUUUCCACCCUCAUUAAUAAUGCUCAUACCCAGGGGGAGUGGAACCCAUUCAUGCUGAAAAGGGGCGGAACCCCAAUCUCUCAUCUCAUGUUUGCAGAUGAUCUCCUCCUUUUUGGAGAGGCAAAUGCAAACACUCUUCAGGGGAUGUGCUCUACCUUGGACAUAUUUUGGGAUUGCUCGGGUCACAAACCGAAUCAUUCUAAGAGCAAAUUGUAUUUCUCCAAAAACACUCAUCAGGAUGAUAGAUCUCUGUUUACCUCCCACCUCAAAGUGAAUGAGAGCCCCGACCUAGGAAUAUAUCUAGGGUUCCCCCUAACAGAUAGAAGGCCCUCGACCAGUCAAAUGAGCCAUAUAGCAAAGAAAAUUAGGGGGAAACUAGCCUCUUGGAAAGCAAAGUGCCUGUCUAAAGCGGGAAGACUCACCCUAAUCAAAUCAACAUUGUCCACCAUUGCAAACUACUCAAUGCAAGCCUUAGCCCUCCCUGGGAAAACAGUAGAUGAGAUAGACAAAAUUUGCUCUAAUUUCCUAUGGGACUCUACCACUGAUAAGAAAAGAACCCACCUGGUGGCUUGGGAUAGAGUGUGUGCCCCUGUGAGUCAAGGCAGUCUCAAUGUUAGGAAAACCUCCAUUCUUAAUCUGCUUGCACUUGUUAAACUUUGCUGGAGACUAAAUAAUGUGAACAACCUGGCAGCCUGUAAUACCCCGAAUUUUCGAGAUGUGGGGAAAGGAUGGGAGAACUUUGCUUCCCUCACAGAGUGGUGCACUGGGAAUGGUGAGAAUAUCCUACUAUGGGAGGAUAACUGGACAGGGAAAGGUCCUCUUAGAACCAUAAUCCACAGAGCUUUGAAUGCUAAUGAAGAACGUCUUAAGUGGAUCCAAGCUAUUCCAAUAGUCCCUGAUUGUAGUGAUAUCCCUGUAUGUACAAUGGGUAAGGGUAAGUAUUUCGACUCUAAAGCUACUUAUGACUUUCUGUGGAACAAAACCUUUAAGCACCUAGAGAACCCGAAAGAGUGGAACACUAUUUGGGGAGCUAUUUGCCAUCCAAAACAAAAAGUUUUUCUGUGGCUUAUGUUAUGGAAUAGACUCCCAUGUGCUAGUCAUCUUUUUAGGCGUAUGAUCAUCCGAAACUCAAACUGUAUGUUUUGUCAGACUACCCACGAAGACCUUGACCACCUCUUCAUUGCUUGCCCUAAAGCCCGUCAGUUUUGGGAUGAGACAGGAUUGGUUAACCACGUCCUUACAACUAACCACUCUUAUUUCCAGGAUUGGAUAGUCUAUAAUUUGAAAAGGACUGACCUAGAUGAUAUUGUUUCCACCUCCUGGCCCACUCUAUUCAUUAACUCCCUCUGGUCCAUUUGGCUUAGGAGAAACCUGUGGGUCUUUAAAAAAGAAUCAAAACCGAUAGCCGGGGUUUGGAAAAGGAAUCAAAUGUUGACAAAAGAAAUGCUAAACUCUAGGCAGAACACUACCACCAGCCCUUCCUCUAAGCCACUGGAUUUGGUUACGUCUUGCUAUUAUGUCCAAGUUGAUGCCUCUUUCUGCCAAAACUCUCUAUCUGUGGGUUAUGCAGCUAUAUGCAGGUUAUAG